AUGGCUGCAAAUGUCGCCCGCUUCCACUACAAAUCUCCUGUCUUGGAAUUCCAGUACCGUAGAGGCACGGUUCUUCCUUGUCAUAUGACUGAGAAAAUGGUCUACGACGCAUUGUGUGAAUCUGUUGAAAGUUUCAAAGAAAUUAAACUGGUUGACUACACAUGCGCAGGAAGUCUGCUAUUUAAUGGCAUCUCCUCGGAGACUGGAACCAAGAAAGGACCAGAGCAGGCUCCUUUCAAUAUCGUCUUCGUAGAGCUGAGCGGUUUCUUGACAAAAGAAGAAACGUGUUUACUCCAAGAAAAGGUAUAGUUAGCUGUACAGAUUCGAGUGGAUGGCUUUAGCGAGUAGGCUAUCGUGUUAGAGUUUUGUGCCGGAAGUUGCGUUGGCUUUUAGAAGUUCGCUCGUCUCGCUGCUAAGCCGCCCCCUCGCGCCCUCACUAGGGUUUGAUAGAUUGUCGUAGCAUAAUUUUGGCAUAAUUCGUCAUUACGAACAUAAUUUUCAUGUAGUUCCCGAAAAAGGCACUGCCAGCAUAAUUUGCACUUUUGGCUAGUUUUGCAGCACAAAAUUGUCAUUUAUUGAUCAUGCAACCAUUUUUUUUUUCACCCAAGAUAUUUGUUACGGGCAAAUUUAAGAAGUAUUUUUUUUUUCUGUUUAUUGUCGCAUUCACAGGACUACGUAAGGACUACGGUCCCACAGGACUGAACGCAUGCGCGUAACUGACUUGCUCGCCUACCCAUAACAAGAUGGCGUCCUUGUGCUGUUUUUUUGCGAGAGUUCUUAUAGCUUUCAGAGAAUGAAUAAUGGACUCUUAAAGAUUCUAGCUGUAAGUAGGGUAAAUGCGUUUGCUAUUUACUUGACUUUUGCAUAGCCAUUAAGGUAUUUUAACCAAAUUUGAAGUAAAAUACAUAUUUUGCUAAAAUGAGCAUAAUUUACAAAAACUCGCAUAAUAAUUGGCAUAAUUUUAGAAAUAUACGAGCACUGCUAGUGGCAUAUUAUGCUACUUUUUCGAGCAGAUUCUAUCAAAGCCCACUUUCGUGUUAGAGUUUUGAGCCGCAAGUUACGUUGGCUUUCACAAGUCCGCACGUCUCGCUGCUACGCUGCUCCCUUGCGCCCCCACCCUCCCCUAUGGAGUGUUUUCACUCACGUGGCCAGCAUCUAUGCAAAUUUAUUGGAACAAAAGAAAGCGUUUGCAUGGGAAAAGAGUUGAACUCCCAGAGGACUGGUUUGGGACACAAACAUGGCCGCCGUUUCAUUGUUUUGGGACACCAACAUGGCCGCCGUGACGUCAUGUGAAAACACUCUGUACUGUAGAGCUUAGCUGAGUGGCUGUGUUCUUGCGUACUCGUGGUCAAAGAAAAUAACUUCAUAGAGUACAAUGACGGGCACGGAUAUAACGCUUCUUGGACAAAAACAAAACAAAAUGAUUAAAGAACAGCAAAUACAGUAGAAUCCCGAUAACUCGAAUUCCCCGCUAACUGGAACUAAGUCGGAUUUUCCUUGGAUUUUACACCACGUUUCAGUCAUUUUUACUCGGUUAACUCGAAUUCCUCGUUAACUUGAACUAAAUUUCCUUUCCCUUGAUCAAAACUUCACUGAAAUUUACCCCGUAACUCGAAUUCUGGUUCUUGUAAUUCCACUCGGAUGCCAUCCGAUUGGCUCGUCUUAUUGUAUUAGGGUAAAAACACUAAAACUAACACUCGUCAACACUACAGCAAUCUGAUUUUAAUUGGUGCAACAAACAGAUAACGUUUUCUCAUAAAAAAAUUUCUUAUCAUGUUACCGUUUCUUAUGAAAUAACUUAAAUUAACACUGCACUAUAUGAAGUGCUGAAAGAUCGGUAACUUUCAAUUAGUUUUAACAUGGCAAAUUGAAUUUUUCAAUCGACCUCAAUAACUCGAAAUCCUCGCUAUAAACUCGAACUGUUUUUCGUAUCCCUUCAGAGUUCGAAUUACCGGGGUUCUACUGUAGUUCAUUCUAAAAAUAAAAAUGAUCAGUGUUUAAUCCUGAGUCUGUUUUUUAGUGUAAAAAAUGAUACUUUUCUACCCUAGAUUUUCAGCACACUUGUAUCAUGAUUCUGUCCAGUCUAGUAAAUCGUUUAAAAUCUCUUUUGCACAUGAAAUUACCGAACUUUAUCCGUUAGUAAUAUUCUUAACAGUUUCAAUGAAAUAAGAAAAGCACUGAGUCAUGAAAGCGAGUCUUCCGGAAUUGAUAUUGCGCAUAGUUUCUAAAAAUAACUUUUUUGUGAUUAAGAUAUCACAGCCAACACCCUUAGACUCCCUCUCUGGCCUAAAAUGAUCUCUUGGGUAAUCGCUAUGUUUAGACGAAUGCCAUCCAUGGCCAUAAAGCGGACGUGGAGGUGAAACUUCUAAUUCAUGACCUGGCACUUGUCACUAACGAGAGUAUAACGCAUGUCAACCAGUAGACGUUUUGCUUUCCUUUAGACCAUACGUCCGGUUGAUAUGUGUCGCUCCAAUCGCCCUUGCUUGAGCUUUUUACUAUACAUCAAGACAGGCACAUCAGAACUGAUUCGUACGAGCAAGAUACCGGUUACGGCCGUUGGUUCUGGUGUUAGUUGUUACUGGUUAAGCCGCGGCAAGAGAUUUCUCAGCUAAUUUCAACUUCUUUCGAAACUCUUAAAAAAAACGCUUUUAAAAAAGGACGUUUAUUUAGUUUUACUAAAUUCAAGCCGUAUUCCUACCGUAGCCUGUGUGUAGCAAGCGUUCCCAAUCGAGUUAUUGCCGAAAGUUGGAUCGAAAGGAAAAAAUGUUUGCUUUCGUCCCAACUUUCUCGACGAACUUGCAUGGAAGGCGCUUGAACAAAGGCUAUCACUACCGAGACAACUGUUCAAAACAAAACCAAUAGGAUUUCGUCCUACGGUUCUCAAUACUUGGGAACGCGUAAAAAGUAUGCAAAGUCUUUUUUUUUUUUUUUUUUUUCACUUUUCUUUUGUUUUUUGUUUUUUUCUACCGUUUCUUCUUUCCUUUCCCCAUUUUUUCAAAAUUUGUCUUCACUCUUCUUUUAGCCCUUUUUACGUGCAAAAAGCAAAUUUCUGACCACCAACUUUUAUUUUAAUUUCUCUCUGAAUGUUUCUCUAUUCAAUUUGUAGAACACUGUCAUUUGCGCACGUUUUCAUAUAUUUAUUCCCCUUGGUUUUCAGCUUGAAGAGGCUCUUUGCAACCACAACAGUUCUUACCGCGAUUUUCGAAAGAAUGGUGAAGAGUCGCCUGUUUUCCUGUACCGAGUGAAACAAGGGACCUUCGAUCUCCUGAUGAAGCAUCUCAUGGAAGCCAACCCUAUGACGUCACCAGUUCAGUUCAAAAUCCCACGGUUGAUAAAAACCAAGGCCGCAGGAAAAUUA